AUGGCAAUAGUAUUUUACAGAGCAAAACGAAAUCCAAUGAUGUUUUAUUUUACAUUGGGCAUCAUUUUUCUAAACGCGCUGGCGCUCCUUGGGUUUUUAUACGACUUUGAUUGGCACAAAGCACCGUUAGCAUUGUGUUAUUUUCAGGCAAUAGCGGCACAAUUCGGAGCCUUUGUAACAGGAAUCUGUGCAUUUAAUUUCAUAAUCCAAGUAUACCGUCUUCUUGUCCUUCGUAAACAAUCCGAAAUAGCAGAUUCCCGAUUGAUUUCUUAUUACUACGGAUCAAUGAUUGCCUAUCCAAUUAUCGGCACUAUAUUAAUAACUUUCGUAGCUAUCAAGACAAAUGCUGUGGGAGUGAGAGACUUUAAAUGUGACAUAGUUGGACCAAUCUGGGCUCGUCUAUUUGGUUACAAUGGAAUCAACCUCUUCAUAUCUAUACCAGGCACAUAUUUCUCCGCUCGCGCAACUUGGGCAGUACUACGUCAUUUGGAUCAAUUCAAAACAAAAACAUCUUCUAUUCAAAGCCGUACACCCAUGAUAGAAUCUAGGAAUGUUGACGGUGAAACUCCUGUCAUACAGGAAAAGCCCAACUUCAUAGCACCGGUUCUCAAUUCGAGUACGAAUAAAGCAUACAACGUUACACGAUCUGCAGCUAUUCGAAUGGUUUUCUUUACAAGUGCUUAUCUUAUUUCAAAUUUUCUUGCAUCUGCAGAGACUAUUAUCUUUGUAAUGGAAAAAAAAGCUUUAGAUCCACAUCCUGGUGGAUCUGACAUAACUUUAGUAUCCCUCGGAAUUGCACUGUUUUUAAUAUUUGGAACUGCGAGUGAUGUCAGAAAAUGGAGUUUUGAAAAGUUAAAAACGUUUUUCAGAUUUGGACGGAGAACAAAUCUUGAUGGGAGGAGAAAUGUUUCAAGCACAUAA